AUGCAGCAGUUAGUGGAAGAGACUCUCAUACUGAGGAUGAACAGCUAUAAUCCGGGCCCUGGAAUGAGUGUACUCAUAAUAUCUUGGAUUAUCACUUUAUACACUCUUUGGCAAAUGGUUGAAAUGCACGACAUGGUUCCUGGGAAACGUUUCGACAGAUACCAUGAACUCGGACAACAUGCAUUCGGUGACAAACUUGGUCUUUACAUUGUCAUACCUCUACAGCUAGUCGUUGAAGUUGGUGUAGACAUAGUUUACAUGGUCACAGGAGGUCAAUCUUUGCAGAGGUUCCAUUAUUUAGUAUGCAAAGAUUGCAAGAAGAUUAAGCUUACCUAUUUUAUCAUGAUCUUCGCCUCUGUUCACUUUGUGUUGUCUCAUCUUCCGAACUUCAAUUCCAUCUCUGGCGUGUCCUUGGUCGCAGCUGUCAUGUCCUUGAGUUACUCUACUAUUGCUUGGGGGGCAUCAGUCGACAAAGGCGUACAACCAGACGUGCAAUAUGGCUAUAAAGCAACGACCACAGCAGGAACUGUUUUCAACAUCUUCAAUGCCCUGGGUACUGUUGCUUUUGCUUAUGCCGGUCAUAAUGUGGUCUUGGAGAUUCAAGCUACAAUGCCUUCUACCCCGGAGAAUCCUUCUAAGGCACCUAUGUGGAAGGGGGUGAUUGCUGCUUAUGUAGCCAUUGCAAUCUGCUACUUUCCUGUCGCUCUUAUCGGAUUUUGGAUUUUUGGGAAUGAAGUCAACGAGAACAUAUUUAUCGCCUUAGAAAAGCCUGUGUGGUUAAUUGCCAUGGCUAACUUGUUUGUCGUCGUUCACCUCAUUGGGGGCUACCAGAUUUAUGCAAUGCCAGUGUUUGAUAUGAUAGAAACUGUACUUGUAAAGAAACUAAAAUUCAAGCCAAGUUGGAUCUUGCGAUUUGUUUCGAGGAAUAUUUAUGUUGCAUUUACUAUGUUUUUUGCAAUUACCUUUCCCUUCUUUGCUGGGCUUCUCGGAUUUUUUGGUGGAUUUGCUUUUGCACCAACCACAUACUUC